AUGAAGCCAGCGCAACAUCUCUUAGCCUCUAGUAAGAAAUGGGCAAAUGUUCCAGAAUUCACUUACCAAAAAGGACUAUUUAAUUUACCAUUGUCACCUAAACCGAAGGAAAAACGUAGUGCAAAAUUUGUACGUGAUAAACUUGAACCAAUGGUCUUAGGAUCUCCACCAACAGGGGAAUCCAUUGUAAGGUAUGCUUUGCCCAUUCCGUCAAAUAAAACAAAGGAGUUAAUAGCAGAAGAUGAAUUGAUCAGGAAAAUUACCAAACAUCUGAAGAUGAUUGUUUCUACUUUGGAAGAAACCUAUGGAUUUGACAUUCAAAAUAGAGAAAAAUUAGUUGUGAAGCCUGAAAAUGAAGAAUUAACUUUUUCGGUUGGGGAUGAUCUGAAUUCAUUCUUGGUAUGUUGUUCACAAUUUGCAGCUCAGUUAGAAGCAGCAGCUAAGGAAGAACGUAAUAUUUUGGAAUCUCUUUUUAAGUGGUUUCAACGACAGGUCAAUCAGAUAGAAGAGAUAAGUAAAGAUCAAACCUUUUUAGAGGCAGAGUGUCCAAUUCCUGACAAAACAGUCACUUUAAGCAUUGCACAAGUAGUAAAGCAAGUGCAAAAACUAGAAGAACUGAAAAAUCUCCUUAAACAACAGACUAAACGCUCCUCAAGAGCCCCAUUGUCUAAAGCCAAGGAUACUGAAAAUUCACCAGGAACAGUGCAUAGUAAUGAAGUUGUACAGCAGAUAAUUGAAGAAUUCAUAAAAACUCACUCAACUGAAGAAUUUAGAGAUGUUUCUGCAACUGAUCCACAAACUACAUUUUCACUGAUGAGUCGAUUGAAUGUCAUGUUGAAAAUAUUUGAAAAACAGUCAAAUAUGUUGGAGAGAGCUGUGAGUGAUCAAAGUUUGUUAGAGGCUAAAUACAAACAAAUGGAAAAUAAUUUUCAAGUGUUAUUAGAGGAGAAAUUAGGGCUGGAAAGUGAACUACAGAAGUUAAAGAAUCCUGAGAAAACAAAGUCAACAUACAAUAGGACAAAGAAAACUAUAAAAACUGAGAAGAAAAAAGACAAAGGAAAACCUGAGGAUUCAGAAGAGAAGAAGUCUCUAGUCAGAGAGCUUAAAAUAAAAGGAGAUUUGCUUGAAGUCCAAAAAGUAGCACAUGCUCUGGAAAUUGAGAACAAAUUCCUUCAGGAACAACUGAAACAGGCUUUCCAGGAAGCUGAAAGAGCUAAACUUCAACUUGACUAUUUCCUAAAUCAAGGGAAAGACUCACUUAAAAGUGAAGGGAAGACCAAGACAAAAAUGGAAAUGGGUAUUAGUAAAAUAAAAGUUGAAGAUUCAAAAGAUAUGCCAUUGGAGAGAGGAACAAAGAAAUCAGUAGUUACAGAUUCGGGUGGACAAAAGACAAGUUCUAAACUCCAAGAACAUCUACAGAUCUCAAAUGUCCCAAAUGGAAGCCCACUUGACAAAAGCUCAGAGAAGAAAAGAGCUAGCUCUGCUAUUUCAGAUCUUUCACAGAUCCUAAAGUCUCAAGAUGGAUCAGCUUUUUUAAGGAAUUCAAGUGAAGUUUCAGCUGAUAAAGACCUAUCCCAUAUACUUCCAUUAAAGACCCAUGAUAAAUCAUUAACAAGACUAUUAUCAAAGGAAGAGAUUGAAGAUUUACUGUCUGCCAAAACAUCACUUCAAGGGAAUGAAACAGCAACAGCAUCAUUCAUUUCACCUCCUGUUCUUACCAAAAGAAAGCCAAUGGGUAGUGACCUUUCAAAGGAUGCUGCUGUAGAAGAGAAAUUACAAAAUAAGACUGAAAAACAAACUUACCAAGUAUCAAGAGAAUUUCAAGCCAAUGAGCAGAUACCAGAUGAAGAACUUAUGAUUGGGCAUGAAGAUUCAGUGUCAAAAACCGAAAUGCAAGUAGAGGAACAAAAAACUUCUAGAAAGGGAAGAUUCACUACUCAUGAUAAAGUACCAGAUGAAAAGCUCAUGCAUAAGAAUCAGGAUUCAAUGUCAAAAACCCAACAGCAAGUAAAGAAACAAAGAACUCUCAGAGGGGAAGGACUCUCUGGUAAGUAUAACAACCCUAGUGAAAACAUGAAAAUUAAAAAGGACUUUAACAAAACAAACAAAAAAAAAACACACCAAAAAAAAGGAAGAAUAAGAAAAAGAGAGAACAAUGUAGCUCAUGAUGAUGUACCAGACAAAAACCUUAUGUUAAAGCAUGAGGACUCAAAGUCAAAAACAGAAAUGCAAGUAAAGAAACAAAGAAGUACCCAAAAUGAAAUACUUAUUAUUCAUGAUAAUAUGACAGAUGAAAAUCCUGUGCUUGAGCAUCAAGAGUCAAUGUCAAAAAUCCAAUUGCAAGUAAAGGAACAAAAAAUUGCUAAAGGGGAAAGACUCACUAGACUAAAUGUCACUCUUUAUGUAGCUCACAAUAAAGUACCAGAAAAUUUUAUGCUUGAGCCUCAAGAUUCAAUGUCAAAAACCCAUCUGCAAGUAAAGAAAAAAAGAACUUCUAAAGGGGAAAGAGUCAGUAUUCAGGAUGAAGUAACAGAUGAAAAUCAUAUGCUUCAGCAUCAAGACUCAAUAUCAAAAUCAGAAAUUCAAGUGAAGAAACAAAGAACUAACAAAAGGGAAAGACUUAGUACUCAUGAUGAUGUGCCAGACAAAAAUCUUGUGCUUAAGUACCAAGAUUCAGUGUCAAAACAUCAAAUACAAGUGCAGAAACAAGUAACUUCCAGAGAGAAAAAAAACAUGACCUUUGAUGAAGUACAAGAUGAAAAUCUUAUGCUUAAACAUCAAGACUCAGUGUUAGAAACCCAAGUACAAAAAACUUCCAUGGAGGAAAUACUCAUUAAAAAUGAAGCAGCCUCAGAACUUUCAGAUACAGCAGAUCGUCCAGCAAUAUAUACAUCAAUUAGUGAUCUAAUACAUCAAUUAGAUUUAAACAAAGUCAUAGAAACUGAUGUAGAACACUUGAAAGGUGUUAAUGGAACACAUAUAUUGCUGAAGGAAAUAAAGAUACAAUCAAAGAAUCUCCCUGAGAUUGAUGCAGAGGCCCUCCCAGGUGCUAUGGGAAGAGGUAUGCUAAAGAAGGAGAUCAAGACACAGUCAAAGAGUCAUGCUGAGACUGAUGUAGAACAGUUGACAUAUACUGCUAGAGGAGAAAAAAUAAUUGGUGAAAUCAAGACACAACUUAAAAGUCACCCUGGAAUGAAUUUGUUUAAAAACAAAAAUAUAUUUUCAAACCAACAAGAUUUAGUUCCGAAGAACAUCUCAAUGAGUAAAUUCCCAACAAAAGUGAUCAAUUUAUCACCCUUUGACAGUCAAGAAGAACCUUAUGAGUACACUUCACCCCAUGUGAGUGAACCUCCAAAAGCAAAUCGUAGAACCUCUAGGGCUGGGUCAACCAUUUAUAAAGCCAUCCAGCUUCCUUCAUUGAAUAAAGAACCUUCAGGGCAUUCAAAAAAUUCUGUCUCAAAAAAACAUGUUGGAUUUACGAAUACUCUGCCUGCUAUAAUCUCUACAACUAGAAAACCUAUCUAUGAAGGAUCCUGA